CCACAGGCCUUUGACGGAGGGUUAGCCCAGAUCAGUGGAGUCAUGCGUCACACAGCUCUAUCAUGCUGGCAGCUGUUCCUGGGUCUGGCUGUGCUGCUUGUCUUCACAAGCCCCACUGUGGGCUGCCCAGCCCGCUGUGAAUGCUCAGCGCAGAACAAGUCUGUCAGCUGUCACCGGAGACGUCUGAUGUCCAUUCCAGAAGGCAUUCCCAUCGAGACAAAAAUCUUGGACCUCAGCAAGAACCGACUGAAAAGCGUUAACCCUGAGGAAUUCACAUCUUACCCGUUGCUGGAGGAGAUUGACCUCAGCGACAAUAUUGUCUCUAAUGUUGAGCCUGGAGCUUUUAACAAUCUCUUCAACUUGCGCUCCUUGAGGCUGAAAGGAAACCGUCUGAAGCUGGUCCCCCUUGGGGUGUUCACUGGGUUGUCAAACUUAACAAAGCUUGAUAUAAGUGAAAACAAGAUUGUCAUUUUGCUGGACUACAUGUUUCAAGAUCUGCAUAACCUAAAAUCCCUGGAGGUUGGGGACAAUGAUUUGGUGUACAUAUCACACAGGGCCUUCAGUGGGCUGCUUAGCCUGGAGCAGCUCACCCUGGAGAGAUGCAACCUCACAGCCGUACCAACAGAAGCUCUUUCUCACCUCCACAACCUCAUCAGUCUGCAUUUGAAACAGCUCAAUAUUAAUGCUUUGCCGGCGUACGCCUUUAAAAGACUGUUUCGCCUGAAGGACCUGCAGAUAGAGGCCUGGCCCCUCCUGGACAUGCUGCCUGCCAACAGCUUGUACGGUCUCAACCUGACUUCUCUCUCCAUCACAAACACCAACCUGUCUGCAGUACCUUACUCUGCUUUUAAGCAUCUGGUUUACCUGACACAUCUCAACCUCUCUUACAACCCUAUCAGCACCAUCGAGGCAGGCAUGCUGUCAGACUUAGUGCGCCUGCAGGAGCUCCACCUUGUGGGGGCACAGCUGCGCACCAUUGAACCACAUGCUUUCCAAGGGCUCCGAUUCUUACGCGUGCUUAACGUGUCCCAAAACCUGUUAGAAACCCUAGAAGAGAAUGUAUUCCAUUCCUCCAAAAGCCUUGAGGUCCUCUGCAUUAACAACAACCCGCUGGCCUGCGACUGCCGCCUUCUUUGGAUUUUGCAGCGGCAGCCCACCUUGCAAUUUGGCGGUGAGCCACCAAUGUGUGCUGGCCCUGACAGUGUCAGAGAGAGGUCAUUCAGAGACUUUCAUAGCACAGCACUCUCCUUUUACUUCACCUGUAAGAAGCCCAAGAUACAAGACAAGAAGUUGCAGUACCUGGUAGUGGAGGAAGGACAGACCGUGCAGCUGAUGUGCAAUGCUGACGGGGACCCACAGCCUACCAUCUCCUGGGUUACCCCACGCCGGAGGCUGAUCACAACUAAAUCAAAUGGUAGAGCCACUGUGCUGGGGGAUGGCACUCUGGAGAUCAGAUUUGCUCAAGACCAGGACACUGGGAUCUAUGUCUGUAUUGCAAGUAAUGCAGCCGGAAAUGACACCUACUCAGCCUCCCUGACAGUAAAGGGGUUUACUUCAGACCGUUUCCUUUAUGCCAACAGGACCCCUAUGUAUAUGACAGACUCCAACGACACAAGUUCUAAUGGAACUAAUGCAAACAGCUACUCUCUGGACCUUAAGACAAUAUUGGUGUCCACAGCUAUGGGCUGUUUCACAUUCCUUGGAGUGGUUUUGUUUUGUUUCCUUCUUCUUUUUGUGUGGAGCCGAGGGAAAGGCAAACACAAAACCAGCAUUGACCUUGAAUAUGUCCCUCGCAAAAACAAUGGUGCUGUGGUUGAAGGGGAGGUUUCUGGACCACGAAGGUUCAAUAUGAAAAUGAUUUGAUGGUAUUCUGCUAGCAGUGCUUUUUCUGUGGCAUUAAAACCAAUUAAAACAGCCUGGCAUGUGGAAUUGCUAGGCAGAAGCAGCUUAAUGCAGCUGUCAGUGUAUCAAAAGGUUAUAUGAAAAUAGAAAGACUAUUUGUGGUUAUACAACAGAGCCUCCAGACCUUGAGGCAGAUGUGUCAGGGCCUUUCAUAGAACUGGGAAAUUGUACUAACUGUUUGCAUUGCAAAUAUUGGCAUUCUGGGGAUAUCAGCAAUGAACCACUGGCUCAUGCUCAUGGACAAUUGUUCAACAUUUUCUACUGCUACAAAAGGAAAAAGAAAAAAACCUACAGUGUAGGAUUUACAUACUUAAAGAAAAAGACACAUUUGUCUAAACCACACUCUACAGUGAAAUUUGUAUCCAUAUAUCUCAUUUGGUAAAACUUUGCAUCUCCCUUCUAGCUGGUUCAAAACAACAAAAAAAUUGGUAGCUUUUUUUUUUUUUUUUAAUCUACAUCUAUACUGUGUACAUUUUGAAGCAAUACAAAUGAGAGGUUGUGCUUUUAGAUAUCCACCAAUACUGACCCAAGUGUGAUGUCACCCAUCUUUUAACUACCAUCCAACCUAAAUUAGAUCCUUGUAGUUACCAAUUAGAAAUAAUAUAAGAUAUUUUUCUCCUCACGUAGAAGGCCAGAGCUGAAUAGUUGAGAGCAAAACCACUCAACUCUGUCGGUCUACUCUUCAUAUAAAUAUAAGGCAUGUGCCUAGUUUUGAUACAGAAUGGAAUAUUUUUUAUAUCUGUGAUAUCACACUGGACCAGUUUACUGUAAUACAGCCCUGAUUCUCACACAGGGAAGGCAACCCACUAGUUAAUGCUGGCAUGGAGGAGUUGAGUUCUACCUUGAAGAGAGAGAAUCAGUUUCUUGAUUUUAAUUUCAAAGCUAUUGUUAAAAUAUUAAUGUGUGCUGGGCCAAAUAAAGAGCAUAAGACAUUCUGCAGACUCCUUGGGAAAUAUGGUCAUCUUACUCUUUAUACAGGUUAAUUUAAACAUACAAACACUCUGUUACUAGGAAUGAACUCUUCUCCAAUGCCAAGUAAACUACAGUUGUUCAUGCAUAAUAUGGGGAUUUAUAAUACUAAAAUAAUGUUGAAAACAUGGUAGCCUCAAAAAGGCUAACAUACUGCCAGAUAUAAUGAACCUCUAGCCACUGUCAUUCUCAUCUUGUAUAUUUGUAGAUAACACAAAGACGCAAAGCUAAUUUCCAAGAACAAAUUACUUAGCUAUUCUUGAUGCCGUUUUAAUAACAAUGUGGUUAUGUUUCUUUCAGGGGCAGUAUCUUAGAACAAGAGGGGAGAGUUUUUUCAGAUUUUAGGAAUCUUUUUUAAUGGAGAGAAGACAGAAGUGGAAUAUUAGUUCAGUACAAGUAACCUUUUCUUUGUUCGUUUUAUGUUUCCAAAGAAAUCCUCAAAAGACUAAGAAGUUAAAUUUUAUUCUUCAUCAUUAAUACCAUGAUUUUUAUUUUCACAUCCUCAGCAAUUGCAAGAUGCAAAGUUGUUCAGCCAUCUCUCAAGUUUUCCACCAGUUAUGAGCCAUAGGUUUGUCAUACAUGGUUGAUAGCAAAUAACAUUUCUAAAUGAUUGGCAUAACCUGGAGUAAGGAUGACAAUGACUAUAUAUAUAUAUGUUUAACCAAGAUAAAUAUGAAAAUAUUAUAAGACAGAACAUUCAGAUUAAUGUGAUUUAUGAGCCUGUGUUCAAUCUUAGUAUUAGAUUUCGGUGUUUUCAAACCAAAGUUAGGCUGACCUAUAAUAGGAUGCAGGUGCUUCUAAAAUUAAUAUCCGCAGAGAUUUAAAAAGCAGGAUAAAAAAUCUCCCACUUCUAUCAAGGGAAAUGUGCCAAAAUUUGUAAAAUCCAGCUGUGCUCCUCAGAUGUACCCAUGACUUAGCUGCAGGACAAAAGGCUAGGCAGUUCCGAGAAUCUCUUUUUUUAUUGGUUGAUCAUUGGUUGCAUUGUUGCUUUAUUUUAGGUUGCCAGACUGAGGAGGUUGCAAGGGUUCUUAGAAUUUUCUUCACUUAACUUGGCUUUAAGUUUAGAGUUGGGUUUUCUUGCUUCCUUUGGUUUGUUUUUUUUUGCUCUGAACUAGAUAGUUGGAGAUUUAUGGACAUGCUUGAUAAGAAUACUCUUUGUUCUAUGAUAUUUGUAGAACAUUGAUACAAUGGAAUACCCCCUGACUAAAUUCUAACACCAGGGAAAUUAUUUUUUGUUGAUGUAAUAACCACUGCACUGAAGUCCAAAACUCUACUGUACCUUAAUGUGGGCAGUUAAAGAAACAAAUGGGGAUAAAACAAAAUGUUUCUGAACUGUCCCUUGAAGACAUUUGCAUGUGCCUUUCCCUUGUAAUUGUCAUUUUUUUCAACUAGUAAUCUAUUGCCCCUGCAGUCAUUUCAUGUUAAAUGUUAAAAUCGUGUUAGAAGCAAAAAUUCACCUAAGUUCUAGACAUUUGCAGCUGAUUUCUUCAUACUAAAAGACACAACAAAAAAAGAAAAUUCAAAAAACACCACCCUAGAAAACAUGUACUUUUAGGAUUAAUUAUGAGUUGCUGUAUUCCCCUAUUCCCUUAGAAAGACUCUAAGAAGUGAUUGCAGUUAGUGCACUGCAAGGGUUUGUGAGCAGAAAUGUGCUUAGUUAUCUAUGUGAAAUGUGUGCUGGUGAUGGAAAUCACCGCUUGCUGUUGCUGAGCACCACCUUGCAGAGCUGUCAGCAUUCUGUGUAUCGCCUUGAGUUCAGUCAGUAUUCGGUUUUUCAGAAUCAGUGUUUGUUCCCUGCCUCUAGCAAUGUUCUACUUUUUGCAGCCUACUUAUUUCAGCAUGGACUUAACAAGGCAUAUGGCACCUCUUACAGAAGUGAGGACAGCAAGACUCAGAGACACUUUUUGUCUUGCUCCACAUAGUCUCCUUAUUUGUGGGACACAUACUAACUAUGGCUCUUUUGAGUGAAUAAGGAAUACAGUGUCAAAGUCAGACCUAGACAAGCACCUUUUUGGCAAUUCUUUCAAGAACAGUGGCUGAAUGCUUACCCUGCCU